AUGGCGAGCCCGCCGGAGCACGGGCCCCCCGGGCCGGCGGGCGGGGACGGCCCCAACCUCAACAACAACAACAACAACAACAACCACAGCGUGCGCAAGUGCGGCUACCUGCGCAAGCAGAAGCACGGCCACAAGCGCUUCUUCGUGCUGCGCGGGCCCGGCGCGGGCGGCGACGAGGCGGGGGCGGGCGGGGGCCCGGCGCCGCAGCCGCCGCGUCUCGAGUACUACGAGAGCGAGAAGAAGUGGCGGAGCAAGGCGGGCGCCCCGAAGCGGGUCAUCGCGCUCGACUGCUGCCUGAACAUCAACAAGCGCGCCGACGCCAAGCACAAGUACCUGAUCGCCCUCUACACCAAGGACGAGUACUUCGCCGUGGCGGCUGAGAACGAGCAGGAGCAGGAGGGCUGGUACCGCGCGCUCACCGACCUGGUCAGCGAGGGCCGCGCGGGCGCCGGCGACGCGCCCCCCGCCGCCGCCGCCGCCACCUCCGGGUCCUGCAGCGCCUCCCUGCCCGGCGCCCUGGGCGGCUCGGCGGGCGCCGCCGCGGCCGAUGACAGCUACGGGCUGGUGGCGCCCGCCACGGCCGCCUACCGCGAGGUGUGGCAGGUGAACCUGAAGCCCAAGGGCCUGGGCCAGAGCAAGAACCUGACGGGCGUGUACCGCCUGUGCCUGUCGGCGCGCACCAUCGGCUUCGUGAAGCUCAACUGCGAGCAGCCGUCGGUGACGCUGCAGCUCAUGAGCAUCCGCCGUUGCGGCCACUCGGACAGCUUCUUCUUCAUCGAGGUGGGCCGCUCGGCCGUCACGGGCCCCGGCGAGCUGUGGAUGCAGGCGGACGACUCGGUGGUGGCGCAGAACAUCCACGAGACCAUCCUGGAGGCCAUGAAGGCGCUCAAGGAGCUCUUCGAGUUUGGCGGCCUGCAGCACAGCCGCUCCAUGUCCAUGCCCGUGGCGCACUCGCCCCCGGCGGCCACCAGCCCCGGCAGCCUGUCGUCCAGCAGCGGGCACGGCUCGGGCUCCUACCCGCCGCCCCCCGGCCCGCACCCGCACCUGCAGCACCCCCUGCACCCCCAGCGCCCCUCCAGCGGCAGCGCCUCGGCCUCGGGCUCCCCCAGCGACCCCGGCUUCAUGUCCUUGGACGAGUACGGCUCCAGCCCCGGGGACCUGCGGGUCUACUGCGGCCGCCGGAGCAACACGCCCGAGUCCGUCGCCGAGACGCCCCCGGCGCGGGACGGCAGCGCGGGCGAGCUGUGCGGCUACAUGGCCAUGGAGCGGCCGCUGAGCCACUGCGGAGGCCGCGCCUACCGCAGGGUCUCCGGGGACGGCGCCCCGGACUUGGACCGAGGGCUGAGGAAGCGGACUUACUCGCUGACCACGCCUGCCCGGCAGCGGCCGGCGCCCCAGCCGUCCUCCGCGUCCCUGGACGAGUACACGCUGAUGCGGGCCACCUUCUCGGGCAGCUCCGGCCGCCUGUGCCCGUCCUGCAGCGCGUCCUCUCCCAAAGUGGCCUACCACCCGUACCCCGAGGACUACGGCGACAUCGAGAUUGGCUCACACCGCAGCUCUAGCAGUAACCUGGGCGCGGACGACGGCUACGUGCCCAUGACCCCCGGCGUGGCCCUCCUGGGGCCGGGCAGCGGGAGCUGCAAGAGCGACGACUACAUGCCCAUGAGCCCCACCAGCGUGUCGGCCCCGAAGCAGAUCCUGCAGCCACGCCCCGGGCCCGCCGCCUUGCCCCCUGCGGGGCCAGCGGUGCCCACGCCCGUGUCGGCGGCCAGCAGGGCCUUCCCGGGCACCGCGGGCGGCUACAAGACCGGCUCCCCGGCCGAGAGUUCCCCCGAGGACAGCGGGUACAUGCGCAUGUGGUGCGGUUCCAAGCUGUCCAUGGAGAGCGCCGACAGCAAGCUGCUGCCCAACGGGGACUACCUCAACAUGUCCCCCAGCGACGCGGGCACCGCGGGCACCCCGCCCGACUUCUUCUCUGCUGCGGGGGAGACGCUGCGGGGCGUGCCCGGCUACUGCUAUAGCUCCCUGCCCCGCUCCUACAAGGCCCCCCAUGCCUGCCACGGCGACAGCGACCAGUACGUGCUCAUGAGCUCGCCCGUGGGCCGCGUCCUGGAGGAGGAGCAGCUGGAGCCGGCCCCCGGCCCCGCGCAGGCGGCCAGUGCCUUCCCGGAUCAGCGCUGCCGGGCAGUGCGGCCCACGCGCCUGUCCCUGGAGGGGCUGCCGGCUCUGCCCCGCAUGCACGAGUACCCGCUGCCCCCCGAGCCCAGGAGUCCGGGCGAGUAUAUCAACAUCGACUUCGGGGAGGCCGGCGCGCGCCUGUCGCCGCCCGCGCCCCCGCUCCUGGCCUCGGCCGCCUCCUCGUCGUCGCUGCUGUCCGCCAGCAGCCCGGCCUCGUCCCUGGGCUCCGGCACCCCGGGCACGAGCGGGGACAGCCGGCAGCGCUCCCCGCUCUCCGACUACAUGAACCUCGACUUCAGCUCGCCCAAGUCACCACAGCCGGGCGCCCAGGGCCGGGACCCCGUGGGCUCCUUGGACGCUCUGCUGUCCCCCGAGGCCUCUGUGUACCCGCCGCUGCCCCCUCGCCCGGCCGCCUCCUCCUCGGCCCUGCAGCCGCCGCCCCUGCCGCCCCCGCCGGGUGAGCUGUACCGCCUGCCUGUGGCAACCACCUCCCAGGGCCCAGGCGCGGCCUCGGACACGGGGGACAACGGUGACUACACCGAGAUGGCCUUCGGCGUGGCCGCCACCCCGCCACAACCAAUCGCGGCGCCCCCGAAGCCCGACGGUGCCCGCGUGAGCAGCCCCGUGUCUGGCCUCAAGAGGCUGAGUCUCAUGGAUCAGGUGUCAGGGGUCGAGGCCUUCCUGCAGGCCGGCCAGCCCCCAGACCCGCACCGGGGGGCCAAGGUCAUCCGCGCGGACCCGCAGGGGGGCCGCCGCCGCCACAGCUCCGAGACCUUCUCUUCGACCACCACUGUGACCCCCGUGUCCCCGUCCUUCGCUCACACCCCCAAGCGUCACAACUCGGCCUCGGUGGAGAACGUUUCUCUCAGGAAAGGCAGCGAAGGGGGCUGCGGCGGCGGCCUGGGUGGGGGUGACGAGCCCCCCUCGUCACCGCGCCAGUUGCCCCCGCCGACGCCGCAGCAGGCGCGGGCCUGGACGUCGGCUCAGCCCGGCGGCAGCCUGGUUGGUUGUCCCGGGGGCAACAGCUCGCCGAUGCGCCGGGAGACGUCCGCCGGCUUUCAGAAUGGCCUCAACUACAUCGCCAUCGACGUGAGGGACGAGCCGGGGCUGUCACCGCCCCUGCAGCAGCACCCACACGGGCAGACGGGCGACAGGAGCGCCUGGGGCCGCACCCGGAGCCUCGGGGGUCUCAUCAGCGCCGUGGGCGCUGCCAGCCCCGCCGGGGUGUGCGGGGGGCCAGGCCCCGGUGCCCUGCCCGGGGCCAACGCCUACGCCAGCAUCGACUUCUUGACGCAUCACCUGAAAGAGGCCACAGUGGUGAAAGAGUGAAGACCUGUCCGGCUUCACCCCCGUGACGACAUGCAUCACAGAAAACCAUGGGAAGAAGAUGCUCAGCAUUUUUUUUUUAAAACACACCGGAAGAAGCUGCUUGCCACUUCCUUUUGGAUCUGAGCGACUGCCGCGUGUGGACGCACCUGUGACCACAUAGUCAGACGCAGAUGCGCCCGUCUCCCCCAGCCUCCGGGGCGGGGGGGGGGGGGGGGGGGUGCAGUCCUCUUCCUCGCGCGGUUUGUGUGUUGGUUUUCGACAACAUGAGCGGAAGGAGUGACUCACGAGAAGGUCGGACAGUCUUGGUCGUGGCCAGUGUCUUUCUCCCCGCCCUCGUUUUGACGCAGCAGAUGUAUCCCGCAGCAUGCUAGGAGAUUCUCCCAGCUCGCGUUCAAGUGGUAAAAUCUGGUGUUUACGGACAUCCGCUCAAAACUACCACCGUCCUACCUCAGUUCCAGGUGAAGCCGGGUCGGCGUGGUGGGGGGGGUCCCCCUCUGCUGGCUGAGUCUCCAGCGCGGUCAUCUGCCUUAUCCCCCAGCCCCGGACACAGCUGCUCAUCCAAGUCCAGCCCAGGGACCUAUGUGUUUACUCCCGCACAGAGCCCCCGCGUAGGACUGACAUCUCUCCACGGAGAUGCAACUCGAGAUUGGACUCUGAAGAUGGAUGGAUAAAUAAUAAUUAUUAUAUGUAACGAAAGCAAGCUACUUUUGCAAAUCAUCAACUGUACGGGGUGGGGGAGGGUGGGAGGGGCGGGGUCUCGGAAGGCCCGGGUUGGGGGUGGGCUGAGUAUCUCUUUACCUUUAAGAGACUUGUUCAGGCUUCUCUGUAGAUGUUUAUGUGGGCACUUCGGAUCGCAGACGCCUCUGAUCCUGUUGACAAGCUCAAAUGUCUCUGCUGUCCUUAACCUUGAGCUUGCAGUUCUCUAACCAAAAAUUCACGUAGGCAUGCGAGCUGUUCCAAGACAGGGGUCAAGGGUUGGGCAGGUCUCUUCUAAAAUGUAUUAUCUUGACGACGACGCGCUCGUGUCGGGCCACGAGGCUGCCCCAAACAGCGACAACAAAGACACAGAGAGACAGGAAAACAAAGGAAAAGGACCUGAUAAAGAAGGCAUCCUGGGACACAGGAGAAGCAAACCAAUCUCACAGUGCACGUCACUUGUCAGAGAAACUCCCGACGAGCGGACCCCUCUUCGUAUGUUCUCAGUGUUCUGGAAAUAUCAGUGUUGUGGCGAUCACCGAGGGUGUCCCUAGAAGCCGCCGCCCUUGACCUGCAGAGUGUCAGCUCAACUCUGCGCUCCCUUGACACGCGGGCGAGGGGGGCUGUAGGCGCCCCCAUUCCCACGGGCCCAUCCUCAGUGCCUCUCUGAGAGUCCUAUAGACGUUACGCAAAUUCCUUGGAGAUACGAGUUGGGUUUUUUUUUGGGGGGGGUGGGGUGGUAGGGGGAGAAAAAAAUAUAUAUAAAUAUAUAGAUAUAUAUCAGUAUAGAAUAAUGCAUUCAUAAAAUGAGGCUUUUCUAGAGGAAGACCAAAAAGAUUCGAUGUCUUAAACCUAUAUUUAAUCGCAAUGCAAGCGUCUUUCUCCUUCCACGCUGACCUUUCAGAACAGAGGAUUGUAUCGAAAGACAAAGUUGAAUGUAAAGUGACCUCCCUGAGAGCUUCUCAGGUUUCGCUUCUGGAAUCACGCAGCACAGCCGUGCACAGACCACCUGAGGUUGGUUUGAAGGUCAUGUUUAGCGUGUAGUGUAGAGAGACUUUAUGAAAAAGAUGUAUGAAGUGUCCUAAAGGUUUGGUCUAGCUCUGGGGCGCGGGAUGGAUGGAGUUGCCAUGGAAACCGCCCCUCCCGCAGGACUGGACAUGGACCCUGCUGGAUGCAGCGUUAGACUCCCCUUCCCUCACGUGGGCCUGCCACCCUUCCCGUGGUCAUGUUCCUCCUGCCGCUUCAAACGACGACAUAAAAAAGUUGACAGUAUACUAAAUUUUCUUCUAUCUUGUACAUUUCAAAAAAAAAAAAAGGCAUAUGCAAUAUUUACAUUUUUAAUUUAGUUUACAGAAUGGAACCAAAAUGUAUAAAUGUUAUGUUUGUUAAAACUUCACAAUGUAUAUUGGGUCUUUGUACAUUUUGCCUGACUUACCUUAAAGUUAAAAUAUUUUUUGCUAUAUAAACUUUAACAGUUAUUAAACAGUGUUUUCUUUUGGGGGGAUACGUAUUGUUUCUGGAGAUCAAGAUGUUAAAUAUAUCUCUUGCUGUCGUGAUAUGACGAAAGACUGACUUCUCCUGCUGUCUUCCACUGUCUCCGCUGUACAGAAGGACCGACAUGGCACUGCUGGGAACCAGACUCCACGGAACUAGACUAGUGCAUUGUAUUUAGUCUGUAUUGAUCAUGGAUGCUCUCCUUAAUAGCCAUAUGCAAUACAAUAAAAUACAUUAUUUAUGAAAUGAA